AUGGUUACUAAGGGAGGAUUACCUGGGUUACCUGCUGAGUUUUUAAUUGAGAAAGCUCUCACCUUGUCACAAGAAAGAAAGGAAGAAGACUUUGAAGCUUUUUUUGCCUUGUUGGUGUAUGUGUUGUUCUUAUUCCAUAAUAUUAACAACUUUGUUGAUAUGAAUGCCAUCAAGAUCUUUAUGAAGAAGAAUCAUGCUCUUGCCUUACAUGGGGAGACUUACUAUUCUAUUCAUCUCAGAAAUUCCUAUGGAAAGGGAAUGGUUACCUGUUGUACUCGUUUGUUGUACAAGUGGUACAUAUCUCAUCUGCCUGACACCUUUGAGUUCAGGAGCCAAAAAGAAGGUUUGAAAUGGUCACGCAAGAUCAUGACUCUUACCAACACUGAAAUUGUUUGGACAAAUAAUCACUUUUGUAGGAUGAAGACUUUGGACUGCUGUGGUGAUUUCCCUAAUGUGCCCCUCAUUGGUACAAAAGGAGCAAUCAGCUAUAGCCCCGUGUUAGCUCGUCGUCAAUUUGGGUUUCAUAUAGACAAAAUACCAAGGGACAAUUUAUUGGAUGGGUUCUUUCUUGAAGAGAGAGUUGAAAACAAAGAGUUUAGAGAAAGGAUUGCUAAUGCUUGGCAUCUAAGUCACAGAAAAUAA